AUGACAAGUGCUGUAGUUUUGCUUUCAGCUUUGCCUUUCUCACUUGCGCAAUCGAAUGAUGGAGUAUGUGCGAGCGCCACAUGGACAUCGGACGCUGUUACUGUAGCUGGAAACCAUGGUAAUGGUUCAGAACUCAAUAAAGUAAAUCCCAAUUAUUUGCAUGUUAACUAUCGUGAUGGUUCGAUAUUCAUUACUGACUGGUGGUUCGAUAGAGUAGUCAAAUGGGAAGAGCGAGCUUCGAGUGGUCAAGUAGUAGCAGGAGGAAACGGCAGAGGAAAUGCAAGCGAUCAGUUGGGCGGUCCUGUGGGCAUUCGAGUUGACGCCAACGAAACAUUGACCAUUUGCGAUGGGCAAAAUAGGCGGGUACAGCGCUGGAAGAAAGGUGCUUCCAGCGGAGAGACUAUUCUGAUGAACACUUCAUGUCGUGGAAUAGCAUUGGACAACGAAGGUGCAUUGUAUGUGGUUGAUUGGGCUCAAUUUCGCGUUGUGAAAUGGCAGGCAGGUAUAGAAGCAGUAGUUGCUGGUGGCAAUGGUCAAGGUGCUGGUUCCAAUCAAUUGAACAAUCCAAUGGGUCUUUUCCUGGAUGAGAAUCGAACACUCUAUGUUGUUGAUCGAUCCAAUCAUUGUGUCACUAAAUGGGAACUGGGUGCAAAAGAAGGCACUGUUGUGGCAGGAGGUAAUGGUCAAGGUGAUAAUUUGAACCAACUUAAUUCUCCAACGGGAGUUUUCGUUGAUGCUAUGGAUACUGUCUAUGUAUCGGACAGACUUAACAAUCGUGUAAUGCGAUGGCCAAAAGGAGCAACCACAGGCAUUGUUAUUGCUGGUGGAAAUGGUGCUGGUAAUGAGUCAAAUCAAUUUAAUGGAGGAUUUGAUUUAUCAUUUGAUCGUCAUGGCAACUUGUACGUGUCAGAUGGCGGUAAUUUUCGUGUGCAGAAAUUCAUGUGUCAAGGUAAGUUGUGUUGUGAAAGUUGUAUUAACGUUGAUCCUUUGGGUUUGUUUUAG